AAAUUGUGCCGGAUCUCUUUGGUGCCUCUCUUGAUAUACUUAUUGUCUUGUUCUUGAUCAAGAUUAUCAACUGUGUGCUUAAAAAGUGAAUGUUCUCUAUCACUUUAAAGACCUAAGGAUUCUCGACACCAACCAUGUCCCAUAACUACGAUCUUUAUGAAUACAAAAGCUGCAACUUUAUCUCCAAUAUUCACACCACAGAGUAUUUGGAUGAACUCACUAAUACUGAAAUAAGAGAUACUGAUGUAAUUGCAAUCACCUAUCCAAAAUCAGGAACUGUGUGGAUGCAGCAAAUUUUGACUUUGAUUUUUUCCAAUGGUGACCCAGCUGCUGUUCAAAAUAAAUUAGCUGUGGAACGUGUUCCUUGGAUUGAGAUCCCAACCAUGUGCUUUCUAACACAAACAUCACCUCGUUUGGCUGUCUCACAUUUGCCUUAUCACUUGAUUCCAGUAGGCUUGAAAAAGAAAACUGGAAAAGUUAUUUAUGUUUAUCGGAAUCCAAAGGACGUGGUCGUGUCUUUGUAUCAUUUCCAAAAUUACAUCACACUCUUAGAUACACCAUCAAGUUUUGAUGAAUUUCUGCAGUCCUUCUUAGAAGGAAAAGUGGUAUACAGCUCUUGGUUUGAUCACAUCCAGAACUGGUACACUCACAGAAAUGAAUUCAACAUACUAUUUCUGUCCUACGAGGAACUGAAACUGGAUCUAAGGAAAUCAGUGCAAAAGAUAUGCAAGUUUCUUGGGAAAGAGUUGGAUGAUGAAAAUCUUGACACUGUUGUGAAACACUGUACUUUCGCAAUUAUGAAAGUGAAUCCAAUGGCGAACUAUGAAAAUGUUGAAAGUAAACAUGAAAGUGGCUCUUUUCUUAGAAAAGGGAUAAUCGGAGAUUGGAAAAAUCAUUUCACUGUGGCCCAGUCAGAGAUGUUUGACCAAAUAGUUGAAGAAAGACUGAAGGAAUUCCCUUUGAAGUUUAUCUGGGACAGCAACUAACUGGAACUCAUUAUAUAGACUGGCCUGUGAUGUGCAUCUAGUCAUCUUUUUGACUUUAUGAAAUAAAAACCUACUACUUUUAUAGAUAACCAAACCGGUAGAUUGUUGCAUAUAGAAAGGAAUAUAUAUUUGAAAGUGAUGAAUUUGGAGGGCUACAGGGAUAGGGCUGAAGAAUGGGGCUAGUCGGGUAGCGCUUUUGGGAGCUGGUACAGGCACGAUGGAUUGAAUGCCCUCCCUUGGUACUGUAAACUCCUACGAUUCAAUUAUUUUAUUCAUCUUAACAUGUGAAAUGUAAUCAUCCUCCUUCCAGCUUUUUGUUGCUCUAGUCUUGUCUUCCACUUUCUUUCUGUCUCACUCAUCUUUCUAAACUUUCCUUCUUUUAAAGGCCUUCCUUUUUGUAUAAACAUUUCAGAAGUGCUCAUUCUAGGUUGAAUUCAUCUACCUGACCUGUUUUGCUUCUCAUCAGUCCCAAUUCCUUCCCUUCUUGAUUUUAUUUCUUGAUGAUUGGGUCCUAAUGUGCUUUGGGAAUUCAAUUGCUAGUUUUCUAAUUACUUUCCUCACAUCCCCAUUCAAGGAAAUGGUAGUAACAAUAGGCUGAAUUUUUAUGGUAUUUUGUGGAGGUGUCGCUUUCAUUGAGUUUCAUUCAAGGUUCCUCUCUGGUGAGGUCUAGCAGAUUUUCUCUCAAUAUUGUCACAAGCUCUCUUCACUAACUACCUAACAAUGAUACCCCUAUCAUCCAAUACCAACUGUAUUCUACCAGUUGCUGGAUAUUUUGGGAAACACCAACUUCCCAGUGCUGUGCCAUCUUUCUUUACAUUGCCACAGCACAACAAGAUAGAUGCUUGCAUUUUGAGGCUGGUCUGAAGGCUUCACACACUUCCAGAGCUCAUGACAGAUGAGAGAAAUUGGCAAUGCUAUUUGCUGACGAGGUCCUCGAUAUCCUGCUCAAAGAGGUGGUCCGGAGGAGUGACCACCAGAAGAGACCACAACACCAGAUUCUGACUGGUCCAGGCUGGACCAAGGUUACCAACAGAAUCAGCCUAGUCUUAACCAUCCAGCCAAAUACCCAGCAAUGUCACAAAGUCAGUGACCCUCUCCACUCUGCCAGGGUAAUGCCAUCAAUUUCCCUCUAUUACUUCACAUUCACUAUCUUUGCUACUGCACCACCUCCCAACAGGGUUCAUGUUACAACUCUUUCUCUUUUGCUUGCAAUUUCUUAUUUCUUCCCUCAAAUCACUCUUACCCCAACCCCCACUCUACUAACCCUGCAAGGCCUCUGCUCUUCCUACAUAGAUUUAACAUACACUAUAUCCAAAUUAAACACUACGUUCAGAGAGCUGGUGCCAACUUCCAAUAAAAACAAAAUCCUCUUCCUGAAAUCCACAUCUUUACAUGCCUGUUCUGCUCCCUUCCAAUUAUUACAAGGCAAAGUUGAGGGUUAAUUCUGAGGUGACUGUCUUUUGAAGUAUUAUUCACAAAUGUGCCUUCUGACAGUUUAAAAAUUCUUUUGCGGAGAUCAGGUCCUUCCUUUUUUACCUUCUGAUCUAAUUCCAAUGAAUGGCUUUUACAAUCUUUCCCCUAUCCUCACACUUGAGAGAUGACAUGGAACUGAUCUAGGGACCAAGAAAGAUUAAGUCUUAGAAGAGAUACUCUUGCUAAGCACCAAGUUUGGCAAGAAAAUCAGCCAGGUUGUUGGGCCUUGCUGCCCAUUUCUUCCCAAACUCUGCUUGAAGUUGUCAUUUAAAGAGGGUGGAAGUAAAUAUAUUUAACACUAUCAUGAACAAUGGCUUUCCCCAUUGGGUCCUACUCUAUUCAUUUCCCAGUUUUAUGUCCUCUUUUAAAUGUAUUGGAAUACUGAUAAUGACUUAAAGGCAGAGAAUAGCUCUCCUGCCAGUGAGGAAACUGUUCUGAUGCCUAGUCACCCAUUUCUGAACUCAAAUUGUCCAGUUAGAAACAGCAAACUGGCAAUCCCUACCAGGAAAUCAAUGCUAGAAUAGCAGCAUGAACAACCCACAUAGCACACAUUCAAGUGACAUACAUUCAAACAAAAUGUUUUGAAAGAAUGAUACAGCAACAAUAAUCUGACAGCAGAAAUGAAAAAAAAACACAAGUUUUAUUAAAAUUUGAAUAAAUGUUGAGUAAGGGAUCACCUGUCAAACAGUGAAACGGUGAGUAAUUUUUAACCAUUUACAGUUUGGGUCCUCAACACCACUCUGUGAUAACACACUCACCUCCGUGUGAGCAGGUUAUUGGUUCAAGCUCUAUUCCAGCAACUUGAAUACAAAAUUGAGUAUAACAAUAUGGGGACCGCUGCACCAACAAUGGCCCCAUCUUUUGGGUAAAGCGUGAAAUUGAUGCUUCACCUUCACUUUUGAAGUACAAGCUCCUAUGGCAGUAUUCAAAGAGGAGUUUGGAAGUUCUGGCCAAUGUUUAGCCCUUAACUAACAUCACGAAAUGAGAUAACCUGUUUGUUAAUGCACUGCUGUUUUUUUUUU